AGCCUGCAGACAGUACAGCCUCCCAGCCCACAGGAAUGAAUGAAAAUGUCUCAUCCUCAGUUCAAAGCUGCAGCAGUACUGUUAGUUGCAAUAACUCAUCAGCCAUCCCUCAGCCCAGCUCUGCUAUUAAACCUUGGCGCAGCAAGUCCCUUAGUGCUAAGCACACAGCUACGUCUUCCAUGUUAUCCGUAAAGCAGCCCGUAUCGGAGCCUCCAAAGCCACCGUCGGAAAUCGCCAAAACAACUCCCAACGGUCAAAAAUCCAUGCUUGAAAAAUUAAAACUCUUCAAUAGCAAAGGAGGUUCCAAAGCAGGAGGGACAACGCUCGAGUGUCCGGGGUCUCGGGACAACAGUUGUGAAAAGCUAGAGGCGCUUCUCAGCUUUGAGGAAAGCGAAGAAAUUGAUGCCGCGAAUCAGAAUGUGAACAAUCCGGGAUCGAUGUCCAGUAGUCCCAAAAUUGCACUCAAGGGCAUUGCACAAAGGACUUUUAGCCGGGCACUAACUAACAAGAAGAGUUCUCCAAAGGGUAAUGAGAAGGAUAAGGAGAAACAGAAAGAGAAAGAAAAGGAUAAAAGUAAAGAUAUUGCAAAGAGAACAUCGAUCACGGAAAAGCUGGAUGUGAAAGAGGAACCAAAAGAAGAACAGACAGCACUAGCAACAACAGAGAUGCCAAAAAAAUCCUCCAAGAUCGCAAGCUUUAUCCCUAAAGGAGGAAAGCUGAAUAGUGCCAAGAAGGAGGCCUCUGCCCCUUCGCACAGUGGAAUACCAAAACCAGGAAUGAAAAACACCACAGGGAAAUCCUCAAGUGCCCCCGUUCCUGCAAAGGAAGGCGAGAGAAGCCGCAGCGGGAAAACCGGCUCGGGGCUCUCUCAUCAGAAGUCUCAGCUGGACAGCAGGCAUUCCAGCUCCUCGUCCAGCCUAGCCUCUUCAGAAGGAAAAGGCGUAGGAGGUCUCAAUAGCAGCAGCAGCAGCCAAGCUGUCAACGGACCCGCCGCGACGACACACACCACAGGGAGCAAUACUGUGAGUGUUCAGCUACCUCAUCCCCAACAGCAAUACAGCCACCCGAACACUGCCACGGUAGCUCCCUUCAUGUACAGAUCUCAGACAGACAACGAAGGGAACGUAACAGCCGAGGCCAGCACAGGAGGGGUCAGCAUGGAUUCUGCUCUUUAUGUCAAAACUGGACAGCCUGCUCUUGAAGACCUCUCAGUAGGAGAGGAUCCAGAAACUCGGCGGUUGCGAACUGUGAAAAACAUUGCCGAUCUUCGACAGAACUUAGAGGAAACGAUGUCCAGUUUACGGGGAACCCAGGUCACUCACAGCACAUUGGAAACUACAUUUGAUACCAAUGUCACUACCGAGAUAAGCGGCCGCAGCAUCCUCAGCUUGACGGGACGACCGACCCCGUUAUCGUGGAGAUUGGGGCAGUCCAGCCCCCGCCUGCAGGCAGGCGAUGCUCCGUCGAUGGGAAACGGGUAUCCUCCGCGCGGGAACGCCAGCCGCUUCAUCAACACGGAGUCGGGACGUUACAUGUAUUCGGCACCUUUGCGGAGGCAGCUAGCGUCCCGCGGUAGCAGUGUCUGCCACGUGGACAUCUCGGACAAGGGAAGUGAUGAAAUCGAUCUGGAAGGCAUCACCAUGGAUGCCACCGGCUAUAUGAGCGACGGGGAUGUGCUGGGCAAGAAUAUCAGAGCUGAUGACAUCACGAGUGG